AUGGCUAAUAAAGUGUUGGGUGUACGCGGUGGGCAGCCGGUUGGCAAGCACUGGGCUGAGCGCUUUAGGAUACUGCAGGAGGAUCUAGAGACAAUUAGCGCGUGGUUUAAGCUGGUAGAGGACACUAGAGCUAAGUACAGCGUACACGACUACGACAUGCACAACUUUAACAAGACUAGCUUCUAG